AUGAAACCCAAGAUGAGGGUAAAAAUCAUAUGCAUAUGGUUGUUCAGCUUUGUCGUUUACAUGGUAGCUGCACAAGGUAUAGACACACUUGAACUCACUAAAGCCGACAUCGACCGUAUAGAUGCGGACCGCACUUUGGCACCUCUACAAAAUCGCAAUGGCUGGGUAAAUCCAGAAGAUCUGGCUUCCAUGCCGCAGUGUGUUGCGCAGCAAAAUACCUCCAUCUGGCUCAAAGUAAUGACCCAGUGUGUUCGAAGACAAUGUACUCGCCGCUUCGGCUUCUGCACUCACUACCAAUGGCUCAUCAAGCUAAGCUGUCUUCAUUCUGGAUUCUCGCCCGAUAUCGUCAGGAACUAUCUAUCAAACUGCAACAAAUCCGUGCUAGCAAAAGCGCAGUUGUUUCAGUGGAUACAUGGCAUUACCGGUCGAACGUGGCUUGUUGAAAUUGGUGAUGCUAUUGAGCUACAGCCUCUCAAGCCAGCCGCGUUAGUUCAAGGCUACGCAGCAGUUGAGGUGAUGGACAAGGCACCGAGUUGCCUCAUCGACUCGGUUUCCGUCACGUCGGAAGAAUCCUACAAACAUGCGAUGGCUAUCUGUGGGUUCACAGCCAGUUCUCAGCAUAACGGAAAUGCUGCUCGCCCGUGGGAAUAUAACGAAUCUGGACGAUCCCUUGUCGCUUUGGACUUUGCAACAGCCGGAUACGACCUCACGCAGAGCAUGAUUGCCAAUGGUACCUACUUCGAUAAGCAUUGCUUCUGCCAGGCAUUCGAAAUAGACUACGCAGCAGAGCCUUGUUCAGCGACAAAGUUAGCCAGCACUAAAGAGCGGCUGUGGAUGGCUGCUACCUGUGGACAUGGCACUAUGCCCGGUAAUUGGACGGACGGGCUUCAAACUACAAAGUUCGACUAUGUUUCUGCCAAUGACUGGCGAUGGCCUUCUUGCAUGGAAGAUAUACCAGAGGAUGUCAUUCAUCUUUCUGAAAAAUGCAUGACGGAUGCUUGCGAAUUAGACUCCGACGGCUACUGCAGUGUUGAACGUGCGGUAGACAGGACCUGCUUCUGCCGCAACAUCGACUACAAUACAUGUAAUGGAUCGUGUCACGAGCUUGAGCACCGACCCGACUAUGUCAAUUGGCUUCACGAUCUUUGCGACAAUGUAGAGGGUUGGCAUGGACUUCCCACGCAUUGGCGUAAGCUAGCCCUACUUGGUCUGCAAGACAUGAUCCCAUGGCGCUGGAGGGUCAAACCUUCCCGAGACUCCACUCUUACGUUUGAUGAUGAUACAGAGUCUCCCAAGGCAUCCGAAACAUGUCCUUCAACCGACUGGAAAUUUGCCAGCCUUGUCAUUGUUGCCACGGCUACUCUUUCUGCCGGCUUUUUGGCCAGAUACAGGUACCUCAAGUAUCUCUCUCCCACAUCAUGGCUUGCGCGAGGAUUUGUUACCACAUUCAUCUACCUGUUUGCAAACUGGGUGAAUGCGGCACUUGUCCAAUCAACCCCAGAUUACGACUUCAUCCCCAUAUUCCAGUUGAUACUCUUCUGGUGCACGAUCCCACGACUGCCCUGGCCAACGGCAAUCCUAGCAAUAGCAGAACCCCUAGAAGCCACUGAAUUAUCCCCAAUAUUCUCCUAUCUCUUCACAGAAGCCAUCCUCCAACUCCUCUCGGCAACCACCAUGCUGACAACCGUUCAAUACGGCCUACAACACAAGUUUUACAGCAGCAAAGAGAGAAUAUCUCAACUACCCCUUCCCGCACAGCUCAUGUAUGCCGGGGCACUCGCAUGGCUCAUCAUCCUCACCGUUUCCCUCAUUCUCCUCAUCCAAACUACAAGACACACCCAGUCUGCAACCCCAACCACCAAAACUCCCCAAGAACUCAUAGCCCUGUUCAACCACCUCUGGACCGCACUCGAAGAAAACAUCUCCGCAAACUGGAUGAACAAGACCUCAGACCCAGACCAAGAACAAGCACCUCUAGUCACAUCCCAGGACCAAACUCCCCCAACCUACGGUACUCUCACCGUACAACGCACAAGCAGCCGCAACGUCAGCAGGACGAGGUUGGUCGUUAGAUUCUACCUUGUAACCAUCCUCUGCAUCACGUUUCUCAGCCUCGCACAAUUCCUCUUCUGGCUCGGUUUCAUCGGUCUCAUGGGUAACGAAUACUGUCCCCCGAGUCUCGGUAUCCUGACAAUCAUCUGGGUUUUGCGUUCCCUUGUCGUCGGCGCCGUGGCAUCAGGCCAUGUGCUAGGCAGAUUGGACACUGAGGUAAAGGUAGCGCAGUGA